UUAUUUGUUUUUGUUUUUUUUCAUUCCUUUUCACGCUUCCAGAAUUCCAUAAAAUUCCACGCCCUCAGAUUCCCCAAGUUUUCUCUCUCCUCUCUCUAAUGAUCCAAAGUCCACACUCUACACACAAAUAUUAGAUAGAGAGAAAGCUAGGCGUAGAAAUGGGAAAAUGCCCCAUACACAAACACACCUAGCAAAACCCUAACUUUUUGUGCUUUCGUUAAAGACCCACCAAACCAAUCGCACUACCUUCGAUUCUUAUUUCCGAUCUUGCACCUUUAUUUUUAUUUUUUUAUUCUUCGGUUUUCUGCAAAAGCUAGUUCCUUUCACUUUUUCUCUCUCUCCUGGGUGAAGAAAGGUUCCUCUUUGAUCUUCUAUUUUUCGUGGUGAUUUAGUGGGGAGUUUGAUUAGUUCUCUUCUGAUGUUUUAUUUCCAAUCACUGUUUCAAUCAUUACCCGCUAAUUAUCCAUCAUCUAAACCUCCUUUCUCCUACUCAAUUUCCCAUAUUUUUCUUCCCUCCGAUGUGUUUUUCAUAUGCUGCUUCAAUUGCCUGAGAUUUCGUCUCAAAAUCUGAUGCUUUGUUCCGGAAAGGGGGAGUAGGUGGUUGCUGUCACUGUGAAUCUAUCUGCAGGUUCUUUGAAUCACAUUUAGUUUUCUUUGGUGGGACUAAAAAAAAGAUAAGAGGCUUUUAAGGAUGGGAGAUCGUUAUAGACCUGUUUCCAUUGAGGAAUUGCCUUCACAUUUGGUUUUAGAAAUUCUGUGCUCCGGUAGGCUCAGUGCAACAGACCUUGUUUGUUUAGAGUUGACUUCCAAAACUUUUGGUGGUAGCCAUGGCUUAUACCCUUUCAAGUUUAAGUCCUUGAUGGACUUUGCUGCUUUUCAAUUAUGUACCUCCCAUGUUAUCUAUUCUAGGAUGGGUUUGAAUUCUCAGAGGGAGCUAUAUGAUCGAUGUGGAGGAAACUGGAAGCGAGUUUUGAGGUUCCUGCAGGCUGUGGAACAAUCCUCUGAGAUGGUGGAGACAUUAUCAGGCAAUAUGCAAAUUACAACUGGAAAGUAUCACACCUUGUUGAUCAGCAAUUCCUCUGUCUACUCCUGUGGUUCUUGUUUGUGUGGUGUACUUGGUCAAGGGCCUGAAACAACACAGUGUGUAGCGUUUACCCGGAUUGAUUUACCACCUUUGGCACGUGUGGUUCAUGUUUCAGCCUCCUAUAACCAUGCAGCUUUCGUGAUGCAAUCUGGUGAGGUAUUCACAUGCGGAGAUAAUUCAUCUUCUUGCUGUGGGCAUAGAGAUACAAGCCGGCCAAUUUUUAGGCCACGUCUUGUUGAAUCCCUGAAGGGGAUUCCUUGCAAGCAGGUUGCAGCAGGGCUUAACUUCACAGUCUUCCUCACUAGACAAGGUCAUGUUUAUACGUGUGGAACCAACACACAUGGCCAACUUGGUCAUGGUGACACUCAGGACAGACCAACCCCCAAAAUGAUUGAAUUCCUUGGUAAUGUUGGCUCAGUUGUUCAGAUUGCUGCCGGACCAAGCUAUAUCUUAUCUGUCAUGGAAAAUGGAGCAGUGUACUCCUUUGGAUCAGGUGCUAAUUUCUGUCUUGGCCAUGGCGAUCCACACGACGAGUUUCAGCCACGUGCUAUUCAGAAAUUUAGAAGGAAAGGUAUUCAUGUUGUCCGUGUAUCUGCUGGGGAUGAGCAUGCAGUGGCACUUGAUUCAAAUGGAUUUGUAUAUACAUGGGGCAUGGGAUACUGUGGUGCUUUAGGCCAUGGAGAUGAGAUUGAGAAGACAACUCCAGAGAUCUUGACUAGUCUCAAGAGUCACUUGGCUGUUCAGGUGUGUGCAAGAAAGAGGAAAACAUUUGUUCUUGUUGAUUCUGGUUCAGUCUAUGGCUUUGGCUCAAUGGGAUUUGGUAGCCUGGGAUUCCUGGAUAGAAGGAUAUCUGAUAAUAAAGUCUUGAAACCUCGAAUAUUAGAUACCUUGAGAAGUCACCAUGUUUCUCAAAUUAGCACUGGCUUGUACCACACUGUAGCAAUCACUAGCCGUGGACAAAUUUUUGGCUUUGGAGAUAAUGAGAGAGCACAACUUGGUCAUGACACAUUAAGAAGCUGUCUUGAGCCCAUUCAAAUUUUCUUAAAAGAUACAUCUGAAGAUAUAGAAAGCAUCUGAGUGAGAUACUUCAAAAGCAAAUCACCUCUUUUUAUGUAUGGUUCUGGCAUAUCAGUUCCCUGACUUUUCUACUAUGAUAAAUACUGGUAACUUUUUCUGUUUUAUAUUGUAUUAUAGUUUUUAAAAAAGUAAUUAUAAUAACAGGUUACAUUGUCCCCAUUUUUCAAUAUGCUAUAGGGUGUGAUUUCAUUUUGCUAUGAAAAUCCUGGA